AUGACCUCUCGUGAAGAUUACGUCUACUUGGCCAAAUUGGCUGAACAAGCUGAACGCUAUGAAGAAAUGGUUGAAAACAUGAAACACGUCGCUGCCCUUGGCCAAGAGUUAUCGGUGGAAGAGCGUAAUCUUCUUAGUGUGGCGUACAAAAACUCGAUUGGAGCACGCCGUGCAUCAUGGAGAAUUGUAUCAUCUAUCGAGCAAAAGGAAGCAUCCAAGGGCAACGACUCCCAUGUGGCAAUGAUCAAAGAAUACCGUAGCAAGAUUGAAACCGAGCUACGUGGCGUGUGUGAUGACAUUCUCAACGUGUUGGACACGCAUUUGAUUGGAAACGCUAGCAAUGGUGAAGCCAAGGUGUUUUAUCUCAAAAUGAAGGGUGAUUACUUGCGUUAUUUGGCCGAGUUCCUUACGGAUGAUCAACGAGCGUCUGCUGCGGAUAAAUCGGGUGAUGCAUACGGAGACGCCUUCAAUGCAGCUGUCACUGAAUUAGCGCCUACACAUCCCAUUCGUCUUGGACUUGCACUCAACUAUUCCGUGUUCCACUAUGAGAUCAAAAACAACCCUGCAAAGGCAUGUCAGUUGGCCAAACAAGCAUUUGAUGAUGCCAUUGCCGAACUCGAUACCCUUAGUGAAGAAAGCUAUAAGGAUUCCACCUUGAUUAUGCAACUGCUAAGAGAUAAUUUGACAUUAUGGAUGCAUGACAUGCCUGAUGAGGAAAACAAACAACCCGAGGAAGACAAAAAGGAAGAGAUAUCAGAAGCAGCUUCAUAG